UUAAAUAUGUUUUUUUUAUAUGUUUAAAGAAGCUUCUGUCAAACACCAUAAAAUAAGAUGGGAGGACGACUCUGUACCUUUUAAUGGUGUUCCAUUCGUGAUUGUAGGAAGUAAAGUCUUUGACUGUAUGCAUGGAAGAGAUAGAAAAGUAUCUUUUAAAGAAGAAUAUAAAAUGCGUUGCAAUGAUAGAAAGGUAUCUGAUCACAGUUACUUUAAAAGCUAUGAAAUGAUCCAGGACACAAAGAAAUUUAAUUGUAGUUCACAAAUAAAGAUCAAAGAAGUUUUAAAAUUUCCAGAUUUUAAGAUUAUAGAAGAUAGUAAAUGGAAAAGAGUAACCUCCUCCAAAAAAAUUCGAGAAGCAAUUUCAAAAAAUGAAGCAGUGGGACAAAAAAUAUUUUUAAUUUUUCUUCCAUCAAUGAGUUCUCACACUGGACACUUUACUGGAAAUGCUGCUGGUAUAUCCCAGCCAAUUGAUGCAAGAUUAAAAGAAGAAAUCUUUACAUCGUCUGAAUUUAUAACUAGUGUUGAUGAAAUGCGUAGGAGAUUAGAAAUCAUUGUGACAAGAGAAAUUUUUAAAAAAAGUAUAUGUCCAUCUAAAUCAAAUAAAAGGUUCUUCCCAUCCAAAAAAACUAUUCGUUCUUACAUGUUGGAAGCGAUAAGAAAGAAAAGGUAUUCAAAUAUUGACCAAGAAUGUCUUAUAAAAAAAGUAGAACAAUGGAAAGUUGAAAAUCCUCACAGAAGAAUUUACCUUCGACCUAAAGGGAUAAGUGAAAAUUAUGCAGUCAAAGUUGAAUGCUCAGCUGUCGAAAGCACCGAAGAUGAGGAUGAGAUUGUUGUAGAAGCAUUAAGCAAUAGUUUUUUAUUUGUUUAUCAAACUGAAGAAAUGCAGAGGUUGUUAAAAAUAUAUGGCAAUGAAAUUACCCUUUUGGAUGCCACUUACAAAACAACAAAAUAUUCUUUACCACUCUUUUUUCUUGUUGUAAAAACAAAUGUCGAUUAUCAGAUAGUAGGUACCUUUAUUUGUGAAGGAGAGUCAACGAAAAAUAUUCAAAGUGGUCUUGCUAAAAUAAAAGAAUGGAAUCCUAAUUGGAAUCCUUUAUAUUUUAUGGUUGAUUGUUGUGCUGAAGAAAUUAAUGCUAUUGAGUCUUUACAUCAAGAGUGCCAAGUUCUCAUAUGUGACUUUCAUCGGGAACAAGCGUGGGAACGUUGGUUUAAUAAAGUAAAUAAUGGUGCCAGUAACAUUAAAGUAGAAAUGCUAGCCAAGUUAAGGAAAGUUGCCAGAGCUCAAUCAAAUGUUGAUUUAGCAAAAGCUCUGGAAAACUUAAAAAAAUGUGAACAUUAUUUAAAUCCAAACCACAAAAAUAUGUUUAAUUGGCUUGAAAAGCAAUGGUUACCACAUAUUGAGAGGUGGGCAUACUUAUAUCGUAAAGACAGAUUAAUGAUCAGUAUCAAUACUAACAAUGGAGUUGAACGUCAAAAUGAAACCUUCAAACAUUCAUAUCUGAAAAAGCAUAGUAACUCUUGUUUAUCAACCAUGCUUACUAUUCUUAUUGAAAACUACUUUCCAGAUUUAUAUAAUAGGUAUUGUGAAAUUAAUACAAGACAAAGUGGAAAUUUCCGCCGAUAUAGUUCAUACUUACCCACAUUUUUGCAUCAUAGACCAAGACACUUUGUUAAACAUUGCUUGCAAAAGAUGUCUCUAGCUUCGCAUAUUGAUCUGUCUGGAGUUUUUGUAAAAGAGACAGGAAAAUUUGCAUGUUCAUCUUUUGCAAACUCUGCUGAGUUCCAUCAUAUUAGCUUUGGCGAUUCAGUCACUAUGCCGAAUUGCACUUGCCAAGAUUGGAAAAGAACUGGGUAUCUUUGCAAGCAUUUCUUUGCAGUUUUUAAUAAAUUUCCCUCAUGGUCUUGGUACAAUUUAUCCCAAUUAUACAUUUACUCACCAUUUUUGAACUUGGAUAAAGAAAUUUCUUUUGAAAGAAAACCUUUAUUACCACAAAAUGAACUGUUACUUACAAACAACAAAGUAGAAGACAGAGAAGCAGAUUGUAGCAUAAAAACAUUCGAUUUACUUCCCAAACAAAAUAAGUGGCUAAACACUAAGGCAUCCUUGUUUCGAGAACUAGCAAAACAGUUAAUUAAUGAAUCAUACCUUGUUGAAAAUGAAGAGAAAUUAGAUUAUGGAAUAGAUAUUCUAAAAAAAGUUAAAAAAUCAUUUGAUGAAUGCAUUCCAAAUGAACAAGGUAUUCAUUUACAGCCUGUUAAAAAUAAUAAACGUCAGUUGCAAGUAUUAAGCAUUCCCUUAAGAAAAAAAGUUGCAUUAUAUUCAGGGCGGCAUGGAAUUGGUGCAGAAAAGUUGAGAGCCUCAAGCAGUUUAAAAAUUGAAGUAAAUAAAAAUCAUGGAGUCCUAGUUAAAUCUGAAGAAAUAGAUGCAAGUGAAAAUAUAAUUCUUCAACCAGAUAAUACAGAAGAAAGUAUUGAAUGGAUUAUGUUAGACAACAACCUGCCUGUGAUACCACAAACUGAAAUUGAUACUAUUGAAAACAAUGAUAUGCUGACAGAUAUAAGUAUCAAUGCUGCCCAAAAAAUUCUUUUGAAUCAGUUUCAUAUGCAAUCUGGGUUUCAAGAUACAAUUUUAGGUAAAAAAUAUAUGUUUCGUGAGGAAAAGAAUAAUUUUGUUCAAGUAUUAUAUACUGGGCAAUAUCAUUGGAUUACCAUUUCUAAUGUGAAUUGUCCAGCAGACACAAUUUUCUACUAUGACAGUCUUUUCCAUGGCCAAGUAAAGGAUCAUGUUAAGCAGCAAAUAUGCAAUAUAUACAAAACAAAAGGGAAAAUAUUAACUAUCCAUGUACGCAAAUGUCAACAACAAACUAAUGGUGUGGAUUGUGGAAUUUUUGCAAUUGCUAAUGCAUUAAACAUACUUCACAAAUUUGAUAUUGGAGCUUUAUCUCUAGACAAAGACAAAGUUAGAAAACAUUUUAUUGAAUGCAUUAAAAAAAGACAUUUUUCUGCCUUUCCAGUUUGCCAAUCAAAAUCACGUUUCAAUGAAGAAAAAAUAAUCACUUUAGAAAUUUCUUGCUCAUGCCGUUCAAAUUGGGUAUGGUAUCAUGCAAAAAAUACUAAUCUUCAUAUGGUACAAUGUGAUAUGUGCAGCGAAUGGUACCAUAAAAAAUGUGAAAAUAUAUCUGAUGAGAUAUUCAAUAAAAUUAAUGCUGAAAAGUCAUGGAUUUGUUUAGCUUGUAAAAAAAAAGAAUUAUUUUCACCAACAAAAAUGAUAAAUUAGUUAUAAAUCAAACAUUAGUCAAAAUGCUAAGCAGUUUUCAUUUUAUAUUAUCUCAAAAAAAAAUUUUUAAUGGAGAAACAGCCCUUAUCAAAAAUGCGAAAUUUGAUAAAUCUGUACUAAUUUAGUCAGCUUUAUCUGGUGAAUGCAUAACAGCUUACAAUUAUUAGUUAUUAGAGGAACUAUAAAAAUAAAUGUAAGGAAAAACCAAGUAUAUAAAAUAAUGUCAAGCUCAUUGGUAAGUUACUAUAUGUAUGUUUGUGUUCUGUUUAAACUUCUGGCGCUGUUGGCUCACCCAAAAAUUACUGUAUGUUUAUUUGUGUUCAUUUUAAACCACUUGCACAAUGUUGACUCACUCGUAAGUUACUCUUUGUUUGUUUGUGUUCUGUUUAAACCUCUAACGCAAUGUUGACUCACCCUUAAGUUACUGUAUUUUGUUUGUGUUCUGUUUAAACCUUUGGCACAAUAUUGACUCACUAAUAAGUUACUAUAUGUUUGUUUAUAUUCUAUUUAAACCUCAAGUGCAAUAUAGACUCACCCAUAAGUUACUGCAUGUAUUUUUGUGUUCUGUUUAAACCUCUAGCGCAAUGUUGACUCACCUGUAAGUUAUUCUAUGUAUGUUUGUGUUUAGUUUAAACCUCAGGUGCAAUAUUGACUCACUUAUAUGGCAGAUUAUAAGCAUACUAAUUGUAUGUUUAUAAUCUGUUUAAACCUCAACCACAAUAUUCACUCACAUUUAAAUUACGGUAUGUAUGUUCGUGUUCUGUUUAAACCUCUGGCACAAUAUUGACUAACACGUAAAUUACUAUAUUUAUGUUUGUGUUUAGUUUAAACCUCAAGCGCAAUUUCGACUCACAUGUAAGUUACUGUAUGUAUGUAUGUUUGUGUUCUGUUUAAACCUCUGGCGCGGUGUUGACUUAUCUGUAAGUUACUAU